AUGGAGAAACAACAUGAAAGUAGAGGUCUAGGAGAAGGUUCGCGGAUUUCUUUCGAUCUAGAUAAGUUACGUUCGCUUGGCUGGGAAGUAAAAAGAAGAGAAAGUGCAUCGUCUAGUAGCACAGUUUCGAAAGUGCACUUAAAAUACAAAUCGCCAGAUGGGAAAACUUUCAAGUCGGCGAAAGAUGUUGAAAAGCACCUACGAGAUUCUAGACAAUUUAGUCAGGUAGCUGUCAGUGUUCCAGAAACUGAUGAAGAACCAGGAACAAGGAAGAACAAAGAACCAAGAAAAGCUGAUGAAGACCCAGAUUUUCAGCCUCCCGCUGCUAAGUCGGCAAAGACAGCCUGCGGUAAAGGGUAAGUGUGUUCUUACAUGAUGAUAAAGUUUUAUUGUUCGAAUAAGCUUCUAACUUCAUAAGCUUAGCUUUGUGUUCGUCAAUAGAUUCACUUUUCUUCCUUCUCUUUACUUUAUUUGUUCCUCAUUAUAGUGCAUUUCCCUUGCAGGAUAUUCAUUCAAGAAGGUCUGUUUGUGGGAAUGACAUCGAGCAUAGUUUCCUUUGUUCACGACUUCAAUCGAUAUUUUUGUUGUCCAUCCAAUAACCGAACCUGUCAAGGUGAGUGCUCCAUUUCCAUUCGCUUGUUCAGUCGUUGAUUUGAAUUUGCGAUUUCUGCUUAAUUUUGCCUUUAGUGAUCAAGACAGUGUUGUAAAUGCCUUACGAACGUGCAAUGCUCGUGAAAUAUACUUGUAGCAUGAUUCACUUGGUCUCGCAGUCAAUUGAAGAGAAAUUAUUGGAAGACGACUAAAUUUUGCUUGUGAACAUCUGUCAAAGCAUUUUGAAUAAUCAUAACUUAGCAAAAGAUCUUGAUUUUUUUUAUGAGAAAUCUUUUCAUAAACUAAACUUCAGCUAUUUUUUUGUUACGCUGAAACGCUGUACCUUCAAAGCAAAUUAUCGACGCGAAGCACUUGAAUUUAGAAUUUCGUGUAAAGUUUCAAAGGCGGUCCAUAUUUCUAGGAUAUUAUAUUAUCCGAUUUUUAUGGGGGUGUAUCACUAUCUCUGUGGUUAAACCAUAUAUUCAGAACAACUUUCUCGCUUUACAAUUUUUCCUCAGGAAAAUUGGUCCUUGUGGGCAGUGAAAAAAAAGGACUUGGUGGUGCAAUGAAGUUCCUGUUUCGUUGUGAUGGCUGCUGGCAGGAAACAAUUGAUUAUCAGAGCAGCCAGCUGGCCCUAGAUUCACGGCGUCACGUGGUGUCCUUAGCCCUGUCCUUAGCUUUUUUUAUUAGUGGGCAUGGUUAUGCUUCUUAUAGAAAAACCCUGGGUAAAGGUUUGGGUCUGGGUGUUUUGUCAGACAAGCCAUUUUUAGAGGCAAUUGAUCUUGCUUUUCCUCAUAUCAGGGACAUCCUUGAUGAGAUGUGUGAAGACGAAAAGAAUUACAUGAAAGCCCUUCCAAAUGACCAGUUGGGGAGUUGGUCUCGGGGGGUCACAACAUGUGAUGGGUGUUGGCAGAUUAGGGGUCAUUUCAGCCAAAAUUGCACCUUCAUCAUAAAGAACUACUUGACAGGGGGUCUUCUGUAUUAUGGGCAUUUAUCAAUGAGAGGGGCAGAUCAAAUUUGUAAUGAAGAGUUGUGGCAAGGUACAUCAAAAGCUGGGGAGGGACAUUUAGCACAGGUUUUGUGGGCAAAGGCAAAGGAUGAGGGUUUUGAAGUAGAAGUAAAUUGGCAGGAUGCUGAUUCUUCAUCAGCAAAGGGAUUUAGGUACUCAUUUGAAAAUGAGCAGGAUUCGAGAAUUAUGCUGUGUGGGGGACAUGUGGGGAGGGCUCAUGGUAAAAAGCUUGCUGAACUUCAAACAAAAAGCUGUUUCAGUAAGGCAUUUGUUGACAGCCACAAGAAGGAUUUCCCUCAAAUGGAAAAGUUAAAAUGCUGUUGUUCUGGAAAAAAGCAUACGUAUGUCGCAAAAAGAAACAAGCCUGUAUGUGGUUGUAUCAGUCCAGCAUUUAUACAGAAUGCAAAGCGCAACCAUUACUGUGCACUAGUCCAGGCUGGACGGGACCCUGGUAAAUACAGGGAGACAAUGCUAUGCUUGGGAAAAUACCAUUCCCGAGACAUACAUGAAUGGGAGGGUGGUUAUUGUAAAUUUCAUCCCUUAAAAAAAUGUAGUUGUAAGGAAUGUCAAGUCGAUGAAGAGGGAUUUUGCCAAGAAUUAAAAUGCCCUGGGGAACCAUACCAUUCAUUCCAUGUUUUAAAGUGUGAGUUUCAUGCUCUUUGUUAUGAAAUAGAAUGUUCUGGAAGGGCUGCUGAUGCAGAAAAAGUUAUUGAUCCUGGGUUGGGAAAGGGCCAUUCAAACCUUCCAGAAGCAACAUUUAGUGUCCUUACUAAGUUCAGGGCUAAGGAUGUAAAUCUGCAUCAAAAGCACUAUGCAGCAUCAACAAAUUUGGGCCUAAUACAGGCAAAUAUGACAUGGUGCUAUAAGAAGAAGGGCCCAGAAUACCACUGGAUUGAAGAUCUAUAUUCCAGACUGGGCCUGCCACUCCUUGAUGGUAUCCAAGAAAUGGUAUGGUUUUUUUUCUUUUCACAUUUACAGUAAAAAAUCUCUGUCGGUUUCACUCCAUUGAUGAGUACCGGUAUAUUUCCUCAUUCAGGGACAGACUGAAACUUGAUUUAUCCCAAAUUGUUGAUGCUUGUUGAUUUUUCUCUUGGUUUUUAUUAUUUUCCUUUUUUUUUUUUCAACUGGUCAGGAAAGCAGGCUCUUCCUUCGUGUAGAAGACACAGAUGACGUAAAACAAUAUAACAAAAAUCAUGAAACAAUACCUACUUACACUUUGAAAGCCCUGAAGACUCCUAAAGCCUUUGUUAUGCCAUGUGUGUCUUCUACACCAAGUAGGAGCCGGGAAGCAACUGGUUUCGUCCAUUUUACGGAGUGAACCCUUAUGAUCCUACACGUAAAUAUACCUUCUCUCUAAUACAUUCAUGAAACACUACUACCUGCUAGCCAAAAAGAUGACCUUCAAUUUAAUGUUACCUAUUUGGAAUAUGUUUUCAGUGUAAGAAUGACAAUGAAGAUCGCAUGAAACGUUUAGAGAGGAAAAGGACUGAAGAGGGAAAGAAGAAACGGGUUCAAUCAAAAAUUAACAGGACUGAAGAGCAAACACUAAGGUAAAGACAUUUGCAAAAAAAAUAUAUUAAAAUUAGGCAUGGCUUCAUGUAUCAGAAAAUUUAAAUUAUUAUUGAUUCAACCCUAAAGGUUUGUAUAGUACAUGCUUCGUUAUUCCAAUCUUUAUCUUGCCAAAUAAACCUUGAAAUAAUUUUAUUUACCCCUUUGUACAAAAUAUUGAUAUACACCCUGACACUUCAGUGUAAGAUUGGUUUAACUGCUGAGUAGGUGACCUUUUUGGUGAAAGGAUCAAAUUGUCUUAUCUGAGUAGAGAUUUGUAAACAGCUUGUACCCAAUAGCUUUUGACCAACUAUUUGUGGAUGUUAUUUUUUAGAAAAAAAUAUAUCAAGAACUGCCAAAUAAGACACACAUAUGGGGAGGAUGAAGACGAGGAAGAGGGGUACAAUGAAGAUGAUGCCUUGAUGAUAACGGAAAGAGCGAUCGCUAAUGGAAGCGCAAGACGUUCUCCUGUGUUAGCACCAGUUCCUGCACCUGAAGGAGCUAAUGUAACAGUUGGAGGAAAGUCG